AUGGCAAAUACCAAAGGCCAACGUGGCUCAAAUGCAACACGCAAGCUCAACCGGGAACCUGGACGGGAUGCGGGCAAAGCGGGGAGCGGAACCGGAACGACCAAAGUGAAGCAUCAGAACGGAAGCAAAAUUGGAACGGUAAAGCCGACAUGGAAAAGCGCCGGAACAGGAAGCGGAACCGGUGCCAAAGUCGUCCCCAGCAAAUCAGCGAAGGAGACAGUGCAGACAUUGCCUGACACGACAUCCGACGAAGAAAGCGAAGCCGGGAAUCGAUCUUUGAACGGGCGUGUAAGCGGAAGCGAACCGGAGCCGGAAUGGGUGGAGCCUCGGAGGAAGCUCGUUCCGGUGACAGAGACCGGAAGGAACUACGUCAGCCGCUUCGCAUACCAGGUCCUGAGCUUCAAGCCGCGCGCGCUGCUGUACCACGGCUUCGCGACGUCGGAGCAGUGCGAUGAGAUGGUCGCACUGGCCAAGCGGAAGAAGCUGACGCCAUCGCUGACGAAGGGGCAGCGCCCAGGGGACCCGCAGAGGGCCAGGACCAGCUGGGGCGUCUUCCUUCCUCCAAAAGCGGACGGCUCCGGCGUCGUAGGGGAGUUGGAGCGGAAGCUAGCGGAAGCCAUCAUGAUACCGGAAGAUCACGGCGAGGAGUUCAACGUUCUGCGAUAUGAGAUCGGCCAAAAGUACACCGCGCAUUUCGAUGACCCGUGCCGGAACCCCGGACUGCGCGAGAGUGGACGGAUGGCUUCGUUUCUGCUGUACCUUUCUGACGUGGCGGAGGGUGGAGAAACGUGCUUCCCCUGCGAGAACGGCGACGAGGCGGAUAGCGACUGCGACGGGUUUGCGGGGUUCAAGGUCAAGCCGCGCAAGGGCGACGCGCUCCUGUUCUACACCUUCCGGCCCGACGGGACGCACGACGAGGCUUCCCUCCACUGUAGCUGCCCGGUGGUCCGAGGGGAGAAGUGGGUAGCAACCAAAUGGAUUCAUGAGAAGCCGGUCUACUGA